ACGAGUCACAUACACUUCGGCACUGUUGUUUAAAAAAUUAAUUCCACAAACAGUACGUCUGCGCCGCCUGUGAAAACACAAGCUAAACGAAGCGCAUGGUGAAACGAAGAGCCUAAAGCGCCGUAGUGUCACAUUUAUCUUGUGAGCAAUGUUUAUCUUGAAAUUAAUCUCUCUCGCAAGGCAGAAGUGCGUGGCUUCUUAAGCCGCCACGAACACGUAAGGACCGUAAGGUUUUCAAUUCAAUAGGAGCUUGUGAAUCAAACGUUUUUCCGAAAAAAAUGAAGUGAGUAUCAUUUAAGCCGAGGUAAACAAAGAACAGAAGCGUGACGACUGUUUGUGUAAUGUAAACAUGACGGCAUGCAUCAUUUAACAAAGAAUGGCGAAUUUAUUGUUUUGAAGUCGUCAAAAUAACUUACUGUUUCUUUCUUGAACGGAUAGCUCGAGCCGUUCGAACGGCUGAUGAAUUUUCUCGAACGGAUAGCUCUAGCCGUUGAAACGGCUGAAGAAUUUUCUCGAACGGAUAGCUCUAGCCGUUCAAACGGCUGAUGAACUUUCUCGAACGGAUAGCUCGAGCCGUUCGAACAGCUGAUGAGUUUUGUCGAACGCAUAGCUCGAACCGUUCGAACGGAUCAUGAAUUUUUUAGAACGGUUAGCUCGAGGCAUUCGAACGGCAUGCCAGUCCGUUCGAACGCCUGAUUAACGGCUAGUGAACAGCUAUCCGUGUAAAAACGGCUAAGCGUUCGGAACGUUUUUGCCUGAGAGGUCACAAGUCUUCUAUUGUGCUAUCGGUUUCUGUAAAGAGACGGAUGAACAGAGAAUGAAAACGUUUUUAUCUGAACAACAUGCAACAAACAGAAACAAGGAUUCAAAUGAUUAAAUGGUAAACGAAUUCAAACUCACCGUCGUCCAUUGUAUGCUCGUGGAUUUACCACUGGACAAAAAAACUGGAAAAUCAGGACUGGGCCACUGGGCCACGGGGCCGUCGCGGGCCGCGGGCCGAUGGGCCUUCGGGCCCCCGGGCCGCUGGGCUGUCGCGGGCCGCUGGGCCGCGGGCCUGCUUUUAGCAAAACCCAAACUUUAUAGCCUUAAAAGUUUCGGUUGACCUUGAGAUCUAAUAAUAUUUCAGCUUUCGAAAUGUUUAACUUAUGGUCACUUACACAAAAGAAAAAUCCCACAGUCAAGAAACCAACAGGUUGAUAUUUUUCAAAAACAUGUCCGUGCAGCUGCAUGCGAUUAUAGAUAGAUAUGAUAACAUGAUUGGAAGUUUCAGUUGAAAAUUGCUCUGAUGCUAUGUUUUGAAUACACAUUUAGUGACUGAAAAGUAACAAAGGGCACUUGAGGGCCUUAAAAUAUUGCAAAAAAUUUGAGAAAAGCCAGAAUUUCAGUUUGAUUAAAAAUUGUCCAUUCCGUUUCUUCGUUUUUUUUCUGGUCAGUUUCUCAUCCUUUUUUUCAACUACGGCCCAUGUUUACUAUGUUAAUUUAUCUUCUUAGGCGAUACUGUAAACUAACCCCCCUCCACCCCACGUACAGGUCCAUCUACCUGUAAUCAAAAAAUACAUGUGAUUAUCAUCCCCCUCGAAAUAACUCCCCGUCAAACUAGGAUUGCAAUUAAUUUGAAGCUCCCCCAUUUAUCAACCCUUUUAAAACCUCUUACAAAGAUGUAUUAUAAGCAGCCUAGGAAGUCACAACAUUUUAGAGAUGUUUGUAUGGUAGGGGCAAGUUAGAUGAGUCCCCCUUCCACCUGCAAACAUGUGGAAAAAUAGUUUAGUCUCAAACAUGGUAAGAAAAUCUGAUUUUGAGACACUCUUUUAAGCUGUGUCAAGGGAUUUUGGCUAAGUUGUCCUUUGUCAAAAGUUGAAAUACAGGCCUGGGUUGUUCAAUUUUUGGAUAGCACAAACCACUGGAUAAAUAUUAAACUAUCAAGCAUAUAAGGAUUAGGGAAACCAAUUGCGUUAUCCACUGGAUAGAGAUUUAUCCAAUGGAUAGCACUAUCAAUCUUUUGAACAACUGGGGCCAGGUGUAUAAAACAUACUGAUGGUCUUAUUAAAUUUAUAUGAUAUUCCAAAUUAAGGGGGAGGAGCUGUUCUUGAAAUCCAAACAUUUUCUUUUUUGGUAGAGGUUUCUAGAUGGAAUUGGGGUAUGGAAUUCUAUAUUUGGUAAACAUUUGUUGUAUUAGUAAGGCUAUGUUCACAAUAUACUGGAUAGCUCUUACGCAGCAAUGAAAAUCAUAAAGGAUAGGGCCUCUAUUCACACAUAAGAACGGUGAUUUCAGUGCGAUUUCUGUGAUAGAGUGAAACUGCGUCAGGUCAAUCUCGAAAGUGGAGCUUCACAUAUCAGAUAAACUCUGUGCCUUGCUUCGACACAAGUUAUUGUGAACACCUAUUCAAACUGUUGCCGAAAUGAAUAAGAAGGAGCGAGGAUCAUAAACCACCAAAACAGAAGUAAAUAUUCAGCAGUGAGGAUUGACAUUAGUACACCAAACCCUCUUGGCCAACCACUCCCACACAAUAUUAUGUUUGAUGUGCUUGAACAACUUGUGCUGGUCUCAGGCCGUACUUGCUGUUUAUACCAUUAUUGGAUAGUUUUUCUUGGCAUGAAAAGUUACAUAUUUGGUUAGGGAUAGUGUGAACGUACCAGAUCAGAUCAGGAGGAGCUGGAUUAUUUUUUUUAUCUGUUUCAGUCAAUAUUGUUGUGCCUAUUUUUUUGUGUGGUCUAUCGGUGUACAGAGCCUCCUCUUCUGAUCUUAACAACUGUGCAGCAUUUUUUAGAUAGGUGUUAUAAACACAGGUACAUAUAGUCAAGGAAUUUGAAUAAUAGGGAGCUGCUUGAAAGAUCAGAUUGCCAUAUUUUUAGAAAGGCAUUCAGAGUACAAAUUAUUGUCCGAUAGCCCAGGGCUAGUAGAUUUUGCUAUUGGGCUUUUGAGGAAUUCGAAUAACAGAAGAACUGUGAAAGCAAUUCUGCAUGUCAAAACGCUUUUGGGGCUAGUUGAAAUGACGUCUGGACUAGUAAAUGCUAGCUUCAGCUUUCCCAAAUGGCAAGCUGUAAAAAUGAUUUUCUUUGCACCCUGCCUUGUGAAGAUUUUACCAGAAAGGAAUUUCACCAAUUAUGCACUAAGAAAACCAUGCUUUUAUCAUCCUAAAUUAGUGGCAACAGAGUGCUUCAAAUCAUCCCAUGUGAACAGACUUAUCUUUAGCUAUGAUAUUGAUUCCUUGAUGUAAAUAGUUGUAUUUUUAUCUUUUGAAUUCAGCAAAGGCAUCUACCUAUCUACGUAUCUAUACCAGUUGAAUAUGUAUAUGCACGGCUAUCUGCAGAGUGCUCAAUAGAAGGACUAGAGCAUAGUAUAAUCAAGGUUGUCUGGUGUCAACGUGGCAUCUUUAUUACCAGAUAGUACCGCACGGCAUGUACGGCACUCCUCAGAUAAAAUUGCCAACCUAUCUAUCUAUCUUAUUAUCUAGCUAUCUAUCUAUACCCUAAGUGCUUUGGAAACUGAUGUUAUUUCUGUUCACAAAAUGAAAAAAAAGGAAAGAAAAAAAUAUGCCUGAGGGGAGGGGAGGGUCUGGAGCCACCUUUCAUCAGAAAAGAGGUGGUUAGUAUACUAUAUAACAUAUUAUAAUAUCUUGCAUAAUUUUUUUAUCUUUAUGUAGGCAGCCAAUCUUAACUCAGUAUGCUUGUUUUGGACUGAGCUACUUCUAUUAUGACGUUGUGGUGAUGUUCAUUGAAGCCUACCUUGAGGAACAGCAUAAACAUCCCCAAAGAGAGCCACAAUACUCAGAUGUAUGGGCAAAGCUUUACAACAAGAAGAAAUUAAUCAUCAUCCAUCACAUUCUUCUGCCAAUAUUUGGAUUUCCAGCAGUAACUGUAAGACUUUAGACACAUUGUAAAAACUUAUUAAUGAGUAUUAACCCAUUCAUCCCUGAGAUUUCCCUGUAAUGACUUCACUCUCGGUGAAUAACUAGUAUUUAUUAUAUGGCUACAAUAGUACGCAUGCUCUGAUUGGCUGUUUUGUUUUAAUCACCGGGCAUAUUUCCUUGUAAUGACCAGGCGUUACUAGCUAGGUGUCCAAGGCAUAUACAAUCUGUGUUUAACUUGAUAUUGGACAUCCUAUGGACAUCCAUGAUAUGGUCAACUGACAGCUGUGUAAAAGGGUAUCUGCUGACCAGUGUCACCUGACUGUAAUGCAAGUUCAAGUAUACAACUCAUUAAGGUGACAAUUCUUUUUUUAAGUUAUCCAGUGACCAGUUGUUGGUUUUAAUUUGGUCGCAGGCUCAGGUCCAUAAUAAAAAGGCCAUUAUUAACCUCCGCCAUUCGGUCAUUACAGGGAAAUCUCAGACCUCAGCCUUGAUGGCCUUGGUCUGAGAUUUCCCUGUAACGACCUCACUCUCGGUUAAUAAUUGCAGGUAGUGUAUAAUUUCUGAUGUUUAGGGUUUCCUACCAACCUCAACCUAGCCAACCACUAUAAUGCAUUCAGUGAUAAAUAUUUUUUAUUUCUGUUAUACCACAAAAUCGUUUAUUAGAAGAAAAAACAAUUUCCCUAAAAUGUUACAGAUGUCCUCUUCAUUUUGCUCUUUUUCUUUAGAUUUGGAGGAAAGCAAAAGGAGACUUUUUCUUAGCUUGUGUAUAUCUGAAUGAGAUGAGCACACCAUUUUUGUCUCUUAAGGCAAUUUUGGAAAAGGUAUUAUUUUGUUUCAUAGUAUAUUUAUAUUGGGGCCCUUUCUACAGGGGAAGAUAAUGUCUUGCAUAAGACACAAACACACUCAUGAAAAAUAAAAAAUAAUAGUACUUGCCCUUGGGCUAAAGUGUACUAGCCUGAAGUGGUUUUGCAGCUGGCCUACCAGUUUAUUCACUUAAAGGAGAAGUUCAUUCCAAAAUGGCAAAUUUUUUCUUUUUGCCAACAAAAGGAUUAUACAAAGGUAGGUUACUCACCGAAAUUUCGACUUCCAAAGAGCUUUCCAACCCUAUGAAGUUCUUGUCUAAUUAAUAAAGAAGCCUGACAUUCGAGAGCUGGGGGCCGCCAUCUUUUUUUUGAAGCUGCACAAGAAGCCAUAUAUGGCCACAAAAAAACACAAUCCAAAACGAAGAAAAAAGAAAUGUUGAGUGAUUUAAUCUGUCUGCCAAACUCGGGUAGCCUGUUCACAGAUCCUCUAUUUUCACUUCAAAGCCCAUCGAGAGUGUGUGAUAAAAAAAAAAAAUGGGGGGAUAUAUUGACCACCAGCGCAAGAGGGUGGGGGUGGGGAAGAUGAAAAGAAAAAUAGAACAACAUCUGUGUACACUGGCUAAACUCAGGUUGAGUGCAUCGAUGUCAAGCACUUGUCACCAGGCUGCUAGGAGUUCUCCAAGAUGGCAGCCCCCAGAUCUUGAAUUACAGGCUACUUUAGAUGAUAAUUUCAUCGGGUUGGAAAGCCCUUUGGAAGUUGAAAUUUUGGUGAGUAACUUAUAUACCUUUGUAUAAUCUCUCUGUCAGCGAAAAGGAAAAACAGUACCAUUUUGGAAUGAACUUCUCCUUUUUUAUGCUAUAACUUGUUUGUUUGGAGAAAAGAAAUAGAUCUCAACUGGAAAGGCACCCUUUUCAGUGUCCCCAUACCGAUUGUGUGUAACUUAAACAAAAUUUUUCUUUUAAAUUUUGUUUCAGCUUGAAAUGAGAAAGUCAGCCUUGUAUGUGACAAAUGGUGUUCUCCUGGCGACUGUAUUCCUGUGUUGCCGAGUCCUUAUCUACCCCUUCAUGUAUUGGUGUUACUCCAACUAUGCCAAUAUUCCAUUCCACAGUACUCCAUUUAAAGUCCCAGUCUUUUGCAACACUUUCUGUUUGCUCCUGUUCAGCCUCCAAGUCUAUUGGUUUCUCAUGAUUAUGCGCGGUGUCUUAAGAUUCUUUAGUCAGCAAACAAAGAUACCUCAAAACACACCAAUUGAAAAAGACCAACUAAAUGGUGAAAAUGGAUUGUUUCACAAAAAUCACUUUUGUCCUGUAAUAAGCAACCAUGUUGAAAAGACGAAGUAGUAUUCGAUCAGGGCAAAAUGGAUUAAUUUUCGCAGUAAUAAAUUUAUACUUGUCAUUUUAUUUAAUAGAAUAUCCUUGAGUACCAAAACCAGCUCCUUAAUUUUUGUGACUUUAUCUUGUGACUACCACGGUUUUAAGUCACAACCUGGUUAUGAAAAGGUUUUACCCAUUCAUGCAUAAUUUAUUUGAAGGAUUAAUAAAGACGAUGAGAUACAACUUAUUUAUUUAAUGGAAGGCAAUUUAAAAUUGAGAUGUUCAAAAUCAUCAUAUCCAAAGCCAAAAAAAAAUUUCCAUACAGGUGUAUAUAAUGGUACUUUUUGAGCAUUAUAGAUUGUUUAUGGUAAAAUUAUACAUUGUACCAAUUCCUAUGCAUGGUACUAUGCAAGUUACACUCCUAUUUCACUGUAUAUGGGUGUAGCUUCCAAAAAGCAAUAAGUUAUUAUUAUACAAUAUACCCAGUCUUGUAAAUAAUUUUAUCAGGAAAACAAAAUGGACUAUAAGCAAUCACUUUCAAUGAAUUAACUAUCUUUAGAGCUGGAUCUUUAAUAAGGGAGAAUAAAUUAAUAUAUUAUUCCAGGAUCAAAGAACUGCAAUGUGCAAUGUAUAUAAUUAUACAGAAAAUGAUGCAUGUCCAGGAC